CCACAAACCCAAGGACGUUUUACUCUCUGAACUGUUUCAACAACACGACUGUGACAAUACACCUUUCAAAUAUUUACCAAGGCCUCAUAAUACUAAAUCCACGAGGAAACUAUACGGAUGCGUGAAGGUGUGUCUCCUUUCGCAACCGGAAGCGCUGCGGUGUGUGUGAAGUGAACACGUCGUCAGUCCAGAUGAGCUCACGGAUGAAGCAGGCCGGGAAGUUCGCGCUCACAAACACUCGGGAUUUGUCCGGAUCCUGCAUGUUGAUGGUGUAAUUCCUGUCCGAUAGCUUCAUCGAUACAUGUUCGGCGCGGGAGCCCGAUUGGAGAAGUUUUAAGGCGCUUCUGCUGGUGGAAAAUGCCUCUGUUUACAUGGAGUUUAUGUUGGUGUGCGGCGCUGUGUGUUCUGCCGUCGGUGUUUGCGGACGCUGAAGACGCUUCGCUGCUGGGCGGCUGGCAGGACGUGUGGCUCUUCCGCUUGUUCCUCAAUGUUUUGGGCUACGCCACCAUCAUCAUCCCUGGAUAUUUUCUUAUCAGCUACUUCAAACGAAUCAACUAUCUUGAAACAGGUCGAGGGCUCUGUUUUCCUCUCAUAAAGACGUGUGUGUUUGGGAAUGAAGCUAAGACUGCACUGCUGGAUGAUGAUGUUUCACCGGCGGUCAGAAACGAGUCUGAAUCCAGUUCAUCUGCUCGACAGGCCGUCAAACUCCUCUUCUGCGCUGCUGGACUCCAGGCGUCGUACCUGACGUGGGGUGUUCUUCAGGAGCGGGUGAUGACGCGCUCGUACGGCGCCGGCGAGGCGGAGGGCAGCGGCGAGCGCUUCAGAGACUCUCAGUUUCUGGUGUUCAUGAACCGGAUCCUGGCGCUGACGGUGUCCGGUCUGUGGUGCGUCCUGUUCAAACAGCCCCGCCACGGUGCACCCAUGUACAAAUACUCCUUCGCUUCUCUCUCCAACAUCCUCAGCAGCUGGUGCCAGUAUGAAGCGCUCAAAUACAUCAGCUUUCCCACACAGGUUCUGGCCAAGGCCUCUAAGGUGAUCCCCGUGAUGCUGAUGGGUAAGAUCGUGUCACACAAGAGCUACGAGUACUGGGAGUACUUCACCGCCGUCCUGAUCUCGCUGGGCGUCAGCAUGUUCCUGCUCUCCAGCUCCACGGACAAACACCCGUCCACCGUCACCACCUUCUCCGGCGUGGUCAUCCUCGGAGGAUACAUCGUCUUCGACAGCUUCACCUCCAACUGGCAGGACAACCUGUUUAAGUACAAGAUGUCGUCGGUGCAGAUGAUGUUCGGCGUCAAUCUGUUCUCGUGUCUGUUGACGGUGGGCUCUCUGCUGGAACAGGGCGCCUUCUUCGACUCGCUGGGCUUCAUGACGCGUCACUCGGAGUUUGCGAUGCACGCCGUGCUGCUGUCGGUGUGCUCCGCCUGCGGGCAGCUCUUCAUCUUCUACACCAUCUCUCAGUUCGGCGCGGCCGUCUUCACCAUCAUCAUGACCCUGCGGCAGGCCAUCGCCAUCCUCCUGUCCUGCUUCCUCUACGGUCACGCCGUCACCCUGGUGGGCGGCUUCGGUGUGGGUGUGGUGUUCCUCGCCCUCUUCCUGCGCAUCUACGCCCGCAGCCGCGUGAAGAAGAGCAGCAAGCGUCCCGCGCAGACACCCGUUCAGAAGGUUUAACCGAACGCUUGUUCGGAUGUGUACAGAAGCCACAUUUUCGUGGCUUGUUCGUCUUUUUUUCUGUUUGAUGCAAAACUGGAGGUUUGUAUUCCGUACGGUACAGAAAGGGAUUAUUGUUUAUCAUGAAGGGUUAGUUAGUUCACUCAAAAAUAACAAUUCUGUCCUGUCUCACCCUCAUUUUUUUUUUCAUAAGACCUUCGUUCACCUUCAUCUUGAUGAAAUCCGAGAGCUCUCUGACUUUGCAUAGACAGCAACAGAACUGUAAUCUUCCAAGGAAAUGCAAACUCUUGCUUCGUAAGAUUAAAGUUGAGCCACUGAUGUCACGUGCACUAUUUUACUGAUGUGACCUGGGAACAUUAGAGUUGUGUUGCUGUCUAUACAGAGUCAGAGAGCUCUCGGAUUUCAUCAUAAAUAUCUUAAACUGUGUUCUGAAGAUGAGCGAAGGUCUUAUGGGUUCAGAAUGACAUGAGGGUGAGUUAUUAAUGAUUUCAUUUUAAUUUGGGGGUGAUUUGUCCGCACAUUGUGAUGUUUAUUUAGAUUUUUUCGUGCGUGUGUGAGAGAAAUGAGUUGACGAGCCAUCGAGUGAACACAGACUGUGAUAGCCUUUGAUAUCUUUGUAAUUUGGUACUGAAAAAAUAUGUUACGUUUUUUAUUUAAAGUCUGCUUUAAGAAGUUAUUGGAGAGGAAAAUGAAAUGUUGUUGAGCUGGAGAAGCCUUAGGAGCGCUUGCAUCAGAUCUGGGUCAUAUUUCACUCCGAAAUACAAAGGAAAAUAUGAAAUUAAUAAGAAAACACAAUAAGAAAUAGAAAAGAACAUAUGGCCUUUUUUUUAAGAACUAUUACAUUUUUGAAAAUGACAUUAUUUUCAUCACAAUUGAACACUUUUUUGUUUGUUUGUUCUUUUGCUCUUUAUUUUUAAAUGUUUUAUUACUAUAAUACAACAAUAAGAUCUAAAAUUAAUAAUAAAACAUAUAAUACAUAAAAAAUGAUAUAUAUUAAAAAGCAUAAAGGCAUUAUUAAUAGCAUAAUAACAUGCUUUCUCGCUUUGUAGGUAUCAUUUUUAAAUAUUUUAUUAUUAUUAAAAUACAAUAAUAAAAUAUUAAAUAAAAAUAAAAUGGCGUUAUAUUCGUGAUAUCUAAGCAUAUUUUCUGCCCUAAUAAUAAUCAUUAUUAUUAUUAAUAUUAUAGAUAUUGGAUUUUUAUAUUUUAUUAUAGUUAUUGCAAUACAAUAAUAUAAUACUAAAAUAAUAAUAAAACAAAUAAAUUAAGACAAUGUAAGCUUGGAGAACAUUACAUUUGUAUUAUUUCAAUGAAAACUAAGAACAUUUGAUAACAUGCAACAUUAUAAUAAAUAAAUAUAAAAAUAAAACAUUUUAGGAAUCACUGAAAAAAAAAAUCUUCUGAAAAAAGCACAUUUUUAAUCUCUAAUACCCUUUAUUAUUAUUUUUUAUUUUUAUUUUAUAGGAGUACAGCUUUAUUUAUUGCAUUACCAUUAAUAGACACACUUUUAACACAAUAGUUUUUGAUUUUGUGUGAAAUGUGACCUAGACUUCUUGACUUGGUUUUUGUCAUAAACUGAGAUCACAAACCCAGUCCUAAAACUGAAGGUCCUCUUUGUGUUUUUAUGAUCCCUGUUCUCUCUCACAGGGUUUCUGUGUGUGGUUGUGUAUCUGCCAUAUCAAACCAGAAACCCUCAGUGCCUGUUUGCUUCAUCUGAGGGAACAUGUGUGAGCGUUAAUAGUGACAAACUGAUCCCACGGUUUUAUUAAAACACUGGAUUCACCUCAGUCCUCCUGUCAUAAAGAAAUACUUGGGUCAAAGAAAAAUGAUAUGUAUGUUGCAUAAAGAAUUUUCAUCAUUUUCUUUAAAAAUUGUUACUUACAAUUGCAAAUCUAAUUAACAAUCCUAAUGAUAUAUAUUUAAUUUUUUGCACUGCAGUUAAAAAAAAAAGGCUUUGACUUUAAAAUAUAGUUAAAGGCAAAUUAAAAGUCUCUCCCUCAUGUCAUUCCAAACCUGCAUUGCUUUCUUUAAAAGAGUGCAGAAUAUUCAUGCAUAUUUUUUUUAUAGUGUUUUUCUUUUCACCUUUUGGAGCUUGACCUCAUGACGUGCUUUCACUGUAUUGAAAUAAAGCAUGAAUAUUUUGUCUAAUUCUCCCUUUUUUGGGUAAUCCACAGAAGAAACGUGUGGAAACUCGGGUCAAACGAGUUUGAAUAAUGAUGAGGGUAUUUUUUAUAAGAAGUGAGUUCAUUUAUACAAUACUAAUAUCAUCUAUUUUAAAUGUGUUUUAUUAGAACACAGUUUUUUUUUUCAUUAUAUUGAAGGGUCUUAGAGAAGCUGAAAUAAUUUUUUUGUUGUUGUUUCUGAUAAUCAUUUAGUCUUUUUUCUGUUUUUGAUUUGCAUGUGCAAUAAUGUGCCUUCUGUUACAGUUUUGAGCAUAGAUUGGAUUUCUGGAUCAGUGUUUUAUGGUGUUAAAAGCGUCAGGAUGGGGUGAUGUCAUUCAUACGGCUCAGUUAAACAUGAGACGGAGGACUGAAUUUUGGGAGUUUCACGGUCGGACCUCUUUGAGGAAGACGUGCUUGUUUACGUCUCUUUCGUCCAGCAUUUACGUCCUUCCGCAGGUUGCAGAAUUACUUAAAAACUCUAAUCAGGACUAAUGAGUACAUUCACUAGACUGUAGUUUUAUUUAAUUGUUUUUAUUCAGUGUUGGGGAGUUAUAUGAUUAGAGAUGCAUUACCAGAAGAAUCUCGUGAAGACCGAAUCUCAACAAAAACUAAAUAAAAACACAUUAUGCAUAAAAGAAAUGAUGCUUAUUUUAGGCCUUUUACACUUUUUUUAAUGUUUCAUUUUAAUUAAUUCAUUAUUUUUUUAUUCUUUAAGUGACAUUUCCAUGGCAAUUACAUAAGCAAAAAAUAAAACAUUUAUUAUUAUAAUUAUUAUUGCACUGUGAAAUUUUCAUGUCUGGAUGCGUUUUUUAAUUCAUUUUCAUAAAUGUGCAACAAAAAAAGUUCAUUUAAAUCCGCAAAACUUACAUUAAUUAGCAGUUAAUAGUAGUAUCCCACUAAAAAAAAAAAAAAAAAAGUCUUUAAUUGCCAUGAAAAUAUUGUCAUAAUUCAAAACUCUUCCUUUAGAGAAAACUUUUUUUUCUUCUUUUUUUUUUUGGAGUGAAAUAUGACCUGGGCGUAGUUGAGGGAUCCCCCUCACCAGCAGAAUACACGAGGUUUUGUUUUUCCGCGUGCAAUAUUAAUUUCCUGUAAAAGCCCAUUCAUCUGUGGAGGUCAAAAGGAAUCGGUCACCCUUGUAACGCAGAUAAAGAGUGACGUGUCACAGUGGCGUUUUCAUUUCGUUCUGAGGGAAGGUGAAGGACUAAUAUAGUCUCAUUAACUUUUUUAGGAUUCAUUGUUUAUACAUAUUGAAUUAAAUGUAUUUGAUCAUGUGACCAAA